AUGGUAACAGCUUUUUUGGCAGAUCCAAGCAAGCCCACAAACGAUUCGGUGGAGGCAAGAACGCCUGCUGCAACUGUUGCAAGUGCUGCAGCUCGUUCUGCGCGUCCCGACUUUGUGAUCAAAGCGACAGGAGAAGACGCUAGAAACUAUGACUAUGCCGCUGCCAGGCUUCAAGCGGGCCCUAUAAAAACCACCAAUUUCAUCGAAGCGGUGGGCAACCUGAUAAAGACAUGCCUGGGCGGCGGCGUGGUCGGCAUCCACGCGGCCUACAAGAAGUGCGGUCUGUUCACUGGGCUGCUGAUCAACGUCUUGGCCGGAAUGAUGCUUCUACACAGCAAGUAUAUCCUGGUGUCAUCAGCACAGCUCAUGUACGGACGGCUACAGAUGCCAAGUCUCACGUUUCCUGAACUCGCCGAGGCUUCGCUGAAGACGGGCCCAUUCCCAAAACUAAAGAAAUAUGGCCACAUCUUCAGGUACAUGGUUGACGCAACCCUCUGUAUAAACAUCUUCGGCACUUGUAGUGUGUACUCGGUCAUCAUUGCUCGUACUAUCAAGCAAAUUCUAGAAGAAGCUCAGGUCGUAGGAGAAGCCAGCAUACGUAUUUACACUGCCUGCAUGCUCAUACCCUGUAUUCUCAUCGCCAUGAUCUUGAGUUUGAAGUACUUGGCGCCAUUUUCUAUCGUGGCGAACAUAUUAUUGAUACUUUUGGCGUUCUCCACGAUAUACUAUGGAUCGAAAGCUGCCACCAAGUCCCCUACAGAGUUCCCACUUAUCAAGGACGCACAGGGCUUCUUUGAGUUUCUAGGAGUUUGUAUAUUCAGCAUGGAAGGCAUAGGCAUGUCGCUUCCGAUCGAGAACCAUAUGAAGGAACCGAAGAAAUUCCCUUUGGUGAUAUGCACGGGGAUGACAGCGGUUAUUAGCAUCGUAGGGACAAUUGGAUUUUUCGGCUAUUGGGGUUAUGGUGAGGAAGCCCGUACUCCUAUCACCAUGAAUUUCCCUUGGGAAAUGUACGUAAUUUUAACCUUUGUUCUUGCAAUAAGUAGUUUUAAAAGUUACAAAAUUUGUGCUUCCGUAUUUUUCAGCUACCCGAUCAUAUUGAAAUCCAGUUUGGCUCUAGUUCUCUAUGUAACAUUUGCGCUCAACUUUUGGGUCCCCAUCAACCUGGUGUGGUACUACAUCAAGGUGAAACACAACCCGGACAAGUAUUGGUGUAUCGAGCGGGUGUACAGAGCUAUAUUUGUGAUUGCGCUCAUCUUGCUCGCCAUCGCAUUUCCGAAUAUCAACGCCUUUAUGGGAUUUAUCGGUUCCUUCGGCGUCGGUUUUUCGGCCUUCAUGUUCCCAGCGACCAUCGAGAUCGCAGUCAAGUGGCACGAGCCAGGCCUGGGCUGGCGCAAGUGGCGGCUCUGGAAGUUCUUCAUAGUUUUCGCUUUCGGCAUGUUCCUGUGUCUAAUGGGAGGCUACUGCAACCUCGGGAACUUAUUGAAUAGCGAGGCUUAA